ACCUGAAGAAUACCUCCAGUGGCAGAAUGAUGAACUAGUCAGAGACAUAUGCACCCUCCCUUUGCAACCUCUAUGCUCCCAGCAAAGGCAGAGGAGGAGGAAAUCACCGCCUCUGGUGAAGCUCCGCCUGGACUCAUGACAUGGUGCAGUAGGUAAGCACCACCUCCUGGAGGAAGCAGCUUCAAGCCAGCCUGGACUGGGAAGAUCACACCUCCACUGGCAGCAGCAGGGACAGAGAAGCAGGACUUGAGAUUUCAUCCCCAACAGGAUCCAGGGCGACACUAUGCACUCGCUGUUCAAGAGAAGAAACAAAGGGAAAUACAGCCCCACCGUCCAGAAGAAGAGCAUAUCCAACAAGGAACUAUCGGAACUAAUUGUGAAGCUGCAGAAAAAUGCUGACCAGGUGGAGAAAAACAUUGUGGAAGCAGAUACUAAGAUGCAAAAUGACCUACACAAGAUUAAGGCCGGCCAGCCUGAACAAUAUAAGGACCACACGGCAGAUAAGCUGAUAGAAUCCGACAAAAUCCUCUACGUCCUGGAUGGAGAUGCGGCUAUCGCCCGUCAUAUGAAACACCCACAGGGGGAUAUGAUCACGGAGGACAUUCGGCAGCUAAAGGAGAGAGUCGCCAACCUGCGUGUGAAACACGACCAGAUCUACAACUUCACUCCGCAGGAUGUUGAACCGCAGGUGGACUGGGUGGAAGUCAUCGAGGAGAAACUGGAAACCUUGAACGGCAAGGGCUUUGGAACCGACUUGCCAUCGGUCAAUGGCCAGGUGGAGGAGCACAACAUCUUCCAUAACGAGGUGAUGGCGAUUGGCCCCCACAUCAGCAAGCAUGGAGACAAGGAAUACAUGAGUGGGAUCCAGGUGAAAUAUCAGAAACUGCUGGCAGCAUCUCAGCAGAGGCAGCAGGAUCUGAACUCGCUGCAGGACUACAUGCAGCGCUGCACCAAUAAGCUCUACUGGCUAGACCAGCAGGCGAAGGACCGGAUGCAGUACGACUGGAGUGACCGGAACCUGGACUACCCCAGCCGCCGGCGCCAGUACGAGAAUUUCAUAAACCGAAAAUUGGAAGAGAGAGAAGAAGCCGUCAACAAGCUGCACAUAGACGGUGAUUUGCUGCUGGCUGAAAACCACCCUGGGAAGAUCCCCAUUGAGGCUCACAUCGAGGCCGUGCAUGCUGACUGGAAGGAGUAUCUCAACUUGCUCAUCUGUGAGGAGAGCCACCUCAAAUUCAUGGAGGACUACCACCAGUUCCAAAAGGAUGCAAAAGAUGCACAAGACCUGCUCAGGAAAGUAGACACAGACCUGGACCAGAAAUAUAGCCCAGACUUCAAGGACCGAUACCAGAUCGAGUCAUUGCUGCGGGAACUGGAGGAUCAGGAGAAGGCCUGGGACAAGUAUGAUGACGUGGUGAAGUCCUUGCAGAAACGCAGCCAGCAGGUGUUGCCUCUGAAGUUUCGCCGGGAGACCCCCCUCAAGCCUAUCCCCGUGGAGGCUCUCUGCGACUACGAAAACGAGCAGAGCCAGGUAAACCGCGGAGCCACAUACACACUGCACAAGAACAGCGGUGACAUCUGGGAGCUGACCGACAGCGCUGGGAACAUGAUCAACGCCCCCGGGGUCUGCUUCAUGAUCCCUCCUACGGAUCCUGAAUCGCUAAACCAUGCUGACAACAUCGCCGAUCAGUAUCAGAGUGUGAAGCAGAAGACGGCUGGCACCAAAAACCUCCUGCAGCAGCGAUAUGAUGGGCUGAAGGCAGACAGCAUUGGAGACGCAGCAUCCAUCCAAGGCCGGCAGCUCCUGGCCGGGCUGGAGAAAGUCAACACGGAGCUGGAGAAGCAGGAGAAGGCCAUCACGGCCAACUUGCGCCCCCCGCUGGAGCAAAACCGGGCUGUCCAAGAUAGCGCCGAGCGUUCCAAGGAUCUUAAGAACAUCACCAACGAGAUCCGGCGCAUCGAGCCCGAGAAAGCCCGCAAGAUCCAGGAGUGCGAAGCCUUCAUCGAGUCGGUGCCCGACACGGGCAGUGCCACCUUGGUGAAGAACAAGGCGGAAGAGACCAACAACAAGUACAACCACGUUGUCCAGCUGCUGAGCGCCGCUCAGGAAAAAGUCGAUGUAGCCAACCGCCUUGAGAACAGCUUACAGCAGGGAAGAGAGCUGCUUUCUGGCUACGAAAACAAGUUAGCCAUCGAGGACACCAUUCCAGAGGAUGUCCGUGCCCUGGACCGCAAGAGAGAAGAGCUACAGGCGCUGGGAUCUGAGCUGAAGGCCCAGCGGCCCUUGCUGACUGAGGCGGAGCAGGGCCUGCAGAAGGCCAAGAAGUGUUCCAGCGCCCUGGCCAGCCAGUUCCAGGAGCACUGCCCGGACAUCGAGCGCCAGGAAGCCGAGCUCCACAAACUCAACCAGCGAUUCGGCAACCUCAACAAGCAAAUCGACCACAGGUCUCAGGUGCUACAGAAAGCCAAAUCGGCCUAUUCCAACUACCGCAGUGGCUACGACAGCUUGAGUCAGUUUCUACGUAAUGUACCCAACUAUGAGCCGCUGGAAACUGACAACGUUGGUCAAGUAGAAAAGAAGCUGCAGAACCAGAGGGCCCUGCUGGGAGAAAUUGCCAGCAUGGAUCAAGAUGUCCAGGAGGUCGCUGCCGAGGCUCAGCUGUACCAGCAAGCAGUGAAGGACUACGAACUAGAAGCAGAGAAACUGAGGUCCAUCCUGGACCUGGAAAAUGGCCGCAAUGGUUUCAUGAACAAGAGACCCAGACUACAGUCUCCAGCUGCUAAAGUGAAGGAAGAGGAAGCAAUCCUGGCUGCCAAGUUCACAGAGGUGAAUGCUGUCAACAGACAGAGGCUGCAGAACCUGGAGUUUGCUCAGAGUCUCCUGAGACAACAACCAGAGGUCCACGUGACGCAGGAGUCUGUCCAGACCAGCAGGUCAGAGAGGCCACUGGAAGAGCUCUGGAAGCUAAAGAAGGAGCUGGAUGACGAGAGCCAGUCUCGCCAGCAGCUGGAGGCCGAGAUCAAGGUCAUCCAGGAUAACAUCCUCCUCUUGCAGAAACAGAGGCCACAGGAGACGGUCGUCAGGAAGGAGGUGGUGAAGAAUGUGCCUGACCCGCAGCUGGAUGAGAACUUCCACAAGAUGCAGCAGAACCUGGCGGAAGAACAGCGCAAGAACCAGGCCCUCCAGGAUGAACUGGCAGCCCUGAAGUUCAAGCUGCGGGUUUUGGAGCACGAGAAGAGGGAAGGCGGGCAGGAGUACGUGGUCAAGGAGGUCCUGCGCAUCGAACCAGACAAGGCGCAGGCAGAGGAGAUCCUGAAGCUGAAAGAGGAGCUAGAGGAACUCAAGAGGCAGGAAGGAACCCGGGAAAACGAGAUGGGCCUUCUGCGGCGCCAGGUGACUGCUCUCUCCAACGAGAAGAACAAGGAGCAGGAGAAGGUGACGGAGAAGGAAGUGCUGAAGCUGCAGAACGACCCCCAGCUGGAGGCGGAGUAUCAGCUGCUGCAGGAGAACAAGCAGAAGGAGAGCAGCCUGAGGCAUCAGCAAGAGGAGGAGCUCCGUUUCCUGCAGGAGAAACUGAAACGGCUGGAGAAGGAGCGGGCGAUGGCGGAGGGCAAGAUCACCGUCAAGGAGGUGCUGAAAGUGGAGAAGGAUCUGGCGACGGAACGGGAAGUGAUCGAGCUACGGCGGCAGUACGAAGAAGAGAAGGCCAAAGGGCGCUCCAGUGAGAGGGAGAAGGCCGAGCUCCUCAGGAAGAUCCAGGCCCUGGAAGAGGAGAAUGCCAAAGUGAUCAUCCAGGAGAAAGUUCGGGAAAUUGUUCGCCCAGACCCCACGGCAGAGAACGAAGUGGCCAACCUCCGCCUGGAGCUGGUGGAGCAGCAGAGGAGAUACCGAGGUGGGGAGGAGGAGCUGAGGAGCUGCCAGAACGAGCUGGCUUCUCUGAGGAACCGAGGGCCCCAGGUGGAGGUGCAGGAAAUCAUCAAGGAGGUUAUCAAGUACAAGACCGACCCAGAGACCGAGAUGGAGCUGCAGCAUCUCAGGAAUGAUAUUGUGGAUAGGACCAGAGCCAUCGAGAGAGCAGACCUGGAGAUCUACCAGCUAAAGCAAGAAAUCCAGACACUGAAAGAUGCCAAGCCGCAGGUGCAGGUGAAGGAAGUGGUGCAGGAGGUGCUGCAGUACCGGGAAGACCCCCAGACGAGAAAAGAAGUGGAGUCCCUGAAAACUCAGUUGGCCGAAGAGCAGAAGAAGCAUUUGGACCUGGAGAGGGAGAGGGAGCUGCAAGAGGAGAAGAUCAGGCAGAAAGAGGAGGAGCUCUCCCAGGUGAAGGAGAAGGUGGUGCAGCAGGAGGUGGUGAAGCUGGAACAAGACCCUGCCUUGAAAGCCGAGGUCAGCUCCUUCUCACAGAGCAUAGAGAACGAGCUGCAGCAGAUCGACUCUCUUCGGGAUGAGAUGCGGAAGCUGCAGCGGAGGCGGUCGGAGCUGGAGCGCCAGCUGGAUGAGCUGGAGAAAGAGAGGCAAGCCCGCAGGGAGGCGGAGCUUGAGGUGCAGAGGCUGAAGAUCCGGCUAAGCGAGCUGGAGCAGCAGGAGAAGGAUACGACGGAGAGAGUCACUGUGAAGCAGAAGGUGAUCCUUCAGCAAGACCCACAGCAGGAGAAAGAGCACGCCCUCCUCAAGCUAGAGCUGGAGGAGGAAAAGCACCGGAGACAAGUCCUGCAGGCCGAGCUGGAGGCCUUGUGCAAGAAACUGCAAGUGCUGGAGAAGAUGGAGGUGAAGGAGAAAGUGGUCUUUUCAGAGAGUGUCCAAGUGGAGAAAGGAGACACUGAAUACGAGAUUCAGAAACUCAAGAACAACCUGGAGGAGGAAAGCCGGCGGAAGAUGGAACUGGAUGCAGACAUCAACAGGCUGGAGGCCAAAUUAUCGGAAGUGGAGUUCAACAACUCCAAGUCUUCCAAAGAGCUGGACUUCUUGCGGGAAGAGAACCACAAACUACACCUAGAAAAGCAGAACCUGCUGCUGGAGACGAGGCGCUUGCAAUCAGAGAUCGAGCUCACCGUGACGGAAGCCCGGGAUCUGAGGAACAUGUCGCAAGUCGAUAGUGGCGUGAAUCUCGACUCCCGGUUCCAGUCUUUGGAGCGAGAGCUGGAAGAUCUGAAGCGGUUAUCUCAUGAGAAGGAUGGUGAGAUCGAACAGCUCCAAACCCGUCUCCAGACAGUGGCCAUCAAGAGAGAGCAGCGAGAGAAUCACUUGCGGCGAUCCAUUGUCGUCAUUGACCCAGACACCGGGAAAGAGAUGUCUCCAGAAGAAGCCCACACACUUGGGCUUAUUGAGUGGAAUUUGUACGUCAAGCUGAAGAGCCAGGAAUGCGACUGGGAGGAGAUCUCAAUGAAAGGGCCCACUGGCGAAUCUUCAGUCAUCCUCGACAGAAAGUCCGGGAGAAAAUUCUCCAUCGAAGACGCCUUGAAGAGCGGAAGGUUAACCACAGCUCAGUACAAUAGUUACCUCAACAAAGAGAUAUCUAUCCAGGAGCUGGCUGUUCUAGUGUCUGGACAGAAAUAGCUGCUCCCUCCUCCAAGGUGAAAUACAAGAACUGUUCAUAAGCAGCUGGCCCAGAGCUGAACUACUUGUCACAAACUCAAGACUUCUACCUAUUGUCUCCCCAAGGGUCUAUUCCCAACAAAAUGUAGUGCCUGUGUUCAACCUUAGGGUGCUUUUAAGCCGCCCUUGCUUGCUUGAAUCCAACAUGUAAGAAGCUUGCCAAACCCGGUCAAUGCCACACAGUGUCAAGGCAGCAAGUUAUGCUUUCCCUCACCCACCUAUUAUUCCAUGCACUCAGGAAGCCAAAAAGCAAAGAAACAAUCCCAUGGUGGUGGGAGUUCUGUCUUCGCCAGCACUUCCCUCUUGGUGGCUGAGAGUGUGAGUUGUAAGCUGGGCAAAAUAUUUCAAUCGCAGCUCAGUCAUGAACUCACAAGGUCACUUGAGGCAAGCCAUUGUUUUUCAGCCUUAGCCGGUCAUGCUGGCAACAUGGGCCUAAUACCAGACUACCUUAUAGGGCUCUUGUGAGGAUAGUACAUGAAACCAACUGAACAUUCUAAAGACUUACAGAAGAUUGUUGUCAUGGCACAAACUGGCCUGUUCUCCUGCACAAUAUUCUAAAGACAAGGAAAAGCCAACGCAAGGAAAAUCAAGCAAAUUCGAUCAGAAAUGAAGGCCCACUGCUGGUCUGAAUGGUAGCCUAAAAGCCAGUGUACUGGAUAUGAGCGAUAGUAGAAGCUUCAGCAGAAGCUGGUAUGUAAGCAAGUACAAUUCUCUUCUAUAUAAUCCACUGUUAAGACACUGGCAUGUAGUCAAGGAUGAUGUUGGAUCUUGGAUGAUCAGAGUGCCUUUAUACUGCCUGGAGGUGGUCAAAUUGAGGCGCGCUGUGUGUGUGUGUGUGUGUGUGAGGACUUUCAUGUCUUUCAAGUCAUACCCUUAUAAGGAUCACCCUCACUCCUUAAAAAGGAAGGGAGAUCAGGAGAAAAAUGUUACAGUGACCAAGCCCAAGAAGUGUUGCAGUUAUAUUUGUGCUGGUGUUUUGCUGACUUAGUUGUACUCAACUCUAUGUAUUCUCUGUGUAUUUGUUGUAGAAGGGAAUGGGACAUUUUAUUUAUACCCCAAAAUAAAAUGGGAAAAAACGUGA